AUGGCAGAGCACUGCAAUAUUUCUGCCGCCAUUGUAGCCGAAUCCGAGGAAAGAUCAUAUGCCUUCAAGAUAGAGGGAUACUCAAGAACCAAGCGGCUGAUCAAGUACUACGAGAGCGUGACAUCUCCCCGUUUCUGCGUCGGAGGUCACGACUGGAUUCUGAGGUACUACCUGGACAAUUUGGAUCUAGUACCCAUCUACCUGAUUCUCGAUUCUGCUGAUGCAAAAGACGUGAAGGCGAAGGCCGGGUUCUGUUUACUCGACAAGGACGGGGUACCGGUGCCGUCGUGCAGUAGCACCUUCCAAGAAAAUGUCUUCCAAAGCAAAGGAUCAUCCGGGUGCGGCGUUGGCUAUUCCAUCAAGCACGAGGACCUGGAGAGAUCCCCGUACCUGAUAGACGACUGCUUCACCAUCCGGUGCGACGUCACGGUCAUGAGGGAGUUCAAGGGCCAAGAAAAUGGCCGGUUCGUCCAGGUCCCUCCGAGCGACUUGCACCGGCAUCUCGGCGACCUCCUGCAGAGCGCGGAUGGAACGGACGUGACCUUUCAAGUCGACGGCAAGACCUUCUCAGCCCAUCAGUCUGUGCUCGCUGCUCGGUCGCCUGUGUUUAAGGCACAGCUCUUCGGCCCCAUGAAGGAUAGUUCUGAUGAUCUGAUUAUGGUUGAUGACAUGGAAGCCGACGUGUUCGGAUCCUUGCUCCAUUUCAUAUACACCGACUCGCUCCCGCAGAUGAGUCGUGAGGGAGACAAUGAAGGUGUGGCAGCCAGUCAUCUCCUGGUAGCGGCGGAUAGGUACGACGUUCAAAGGCUUAAGCUAAUCUGUGAGGAGAAACUGUGCAGCCACAUUGACACGGACACGGUGGCGACCAGUUUGGUUUUGGCUGAGCAACAUAGCUGCCAUGGGCUCAAGGAAGCAUGUCUACAGUUCCUCGUUUCUCCGUCCAAUUUGGAGGGGAUGAAAGUAAGCGAUGCCUACGUGCAUCUCAAAAGCAGUUGCCCAUCUGUUCUCAAGGAGCUGAUUGCUAGACUCCUGCCUGCUGAAUUGAAAGCGGCCAAGGAUAUUGUCAUGGCAAUUUAG